GCAACGCGCACAAGAAGGCGAAGGAGCUCGGCGCCACGUUUGACGACCUGGCCGUUGGCUCAAGCUCGAGCCGUCGGUGGGCGAGAAGGCGCAGGUGCACUGGUUGUAGACCGCGGCCUUGAGCCUCUCGUACAUCGGGGUAAGCUGCACGCCGCCGGCCUCGAUGGCGCGGUGCUCGACCCGCCCGACCUACUCACGGACCUUGGCCUCGACGUCGAGCGCUUGUACGCGCUUCCCGCCGGCGACGCCGCCGCCGUCGAGACCGCACCGGCAGAUGCGAGCGUGCUGGCAGAGGCAGAGGCGGAGGCGGAGGCGAGCGCGAAGGCGGCGGCGGCAGGCGCGCAGGGCGAGAUCCCGGCGACCUCGGUCGAGAUCUGCGUCAAGACGCUCGCCUCGAGUGUCGAUGAGCCGGUGGUCGUCGGCCGCUACAACGUGGAGACGACGCCCUUGGCCGCGGUGAGGCGCGACGUCGGCGCCCACCUCGGCAUCCCACUGCUGGAGGUCGAGCCUGCGGCGGCGGUGGCAUCCGGCGACUUGCGUGCCGCUGAGUCGCUCGUCGAGCCAGGCAAAGUGCAGGUCAGGUUUGCGGACGGGCGCGUGCAGGCCCUGUACGUGCAGAGCGACGAGACGGUCGAGACGAUGCGGCCGAGGAUCUCUGCCAUCAUGGGCGUCGAGCGCUGCGUCAGUACGACGUGA